UAGUUUAUAACAGUCUGCUAAACAUAAACAUAUCAAAAAUGAAGAGCUUUUUUUCAACAUCAGUUUCUAUAAUUUCCUUACUUCCUUUACUGCUGUUCUCCAGAGGAACUUCCGCUGGCCGCGUAAUAGUGGCAGCGCCAUCGAACAACACCGGCAUUCCGGUGGCGGUCGGCACCCCGGUGCUGGCGCCCAGCGGCCACUUCGACGUGGACCCGUCGACCACCACCACCGGCAACACCCGCAUUACCACCACGGUACCCACGACCACCAUCUCCCCACACACCGUCAGCACUUCCUUUCCCCACAAGGCCACCCAGCCGAAGACGGACAAAACCGGUAAAUCCACCGGCUUCGUCACGGCGGCGCCGGCCAUUAUCAAGGCACGCGGGACAAAGGUCACCGGCACCUCAUCGCCAUCGGAUGCCGGUCUGAAGCGUAACCGCCGGUGGUUCGGCGGUUUGGGUUAUGGGUUGCCGUACGGAGGAUUCGGCUACGGGGGACUGGGCUACGGCGGAUUAGGGUUCGGCGGUCUGGGAUUCGGUGGACUGGGUCUCGGCGGUCUGGGUUUCGGAGGACUGGGCUACGGCGGCCUCGGGUUCGGCGGGUUGGGAUUCGGCGGCGGGCUGGGAUUGGGCGGUGGGAUAGUGGAUAGCGUCAGUGUAACGGAUAUGAUUAUUUAA